CGAAGUGUGUGUUGUGUUUGUUGUCGUGAAGAGCCGCUUGAAGUAGAGGGAUACAGUGACAGUGGAAAUAUGAGUUCUGAAUCAUCAGAAGACGAAAACAUUCAGCAACUCAAAGAUGCACUAGAUGUCUCCAUGUUCAGUAGCAAAUCAGACGCUACGGAGGGACGAGAUGAAAAACCAUCUAACAGAAUAUCAGUGGACGAGAAGACUGAACAGCCUAACGCACUGAGAGUAACACCAGAAUUCCAGGCGUUCGUUGCAAAACGCUUGGCGAAAAUGAUUGACAACGAGCUGGAGGAAGUACCCAGUGUCAACAGUAAACAAAAGCAGGGAAAGAAGAAAAAGAAACCCAAAGGUGGUGUUCGACUUCUGUCAUCAUCAUCAGAGUACUUGACUGCGGAGGAUCCGAUAAUUGUGUCUACUAGCCACAAGAAACAGCAAGCUGUUGAUUUUGAUGAAAGUAGUGCAGCUAUGGAAAGAUUUUCUGAAGCUGCUGUUCCAUCUGACUGGAUUACAUCCAAAGAAAGUGUUAAAGGGUGGAUUCCUUUUGAAAAAGGUGAAGUCAUAAAAGUAAAAAAUGGUGUCUGUGUUGAGGUAAUGAAAAAGAAAUUGCCUGAUCAGUCUGGUGAAGUUUCACACCACACUAUAGAACAUAUUAAUGGUGAACAAUUCACUGCCAGGAACUUGCCACUCAAAGUAACAAGUGAUAGUACCACCACAAAAAGAAAGAAUGGUGAGGAAAGUAGUCAUAAACAUAAAAAACAGAAAAGAAUCCAUGUGUCUGCUCUUGCAAAUAAUUAUACUGAAUGAAUGUAGAAUCACAAUAAAUCGUUAAAACAUUUUGAUUAUUUGCUGCUGAUUGUUUUUAGCCAUUACUGGAAAAUUUCUACCUUGAAACAGAUAAUACACGCCUGUCACUAGUGAUAUAGAAUGCUACACAAUGUCAAAUGUUAACUAUUUUGAGAAAGUGAGUGGAGGGCUUCAGGCACGUGUCCAAGCCGCAUGCUUUGAGAGAUAGACAGUGGACAGAUGAACUUCAUAUUGCACAGUCAGAGUUGCCAACAAUGGCAGACAUUACCUCACUUAAUUACACAGCUGCAUGCUCGACACAUUUGACACUGGC